AGUAGCAGUCGCGAAACUGAGAUGGAAACAUGGCAGUAUCCUGUAGUUAGUGGGCAUGAAUGGACAUACUGCAAGGCCCUGUGAUUGUCAGCUGUAAUAAAUGUUAGAAGCAAGUUGGGAGGCAAAUGUAAUUUCUUGUAUCUGGUAAUGUAAGUUAGAAGGAGUGAAGAACCCCUGUGGCACAGAUUGAAAUCUCUUCGCAGGCCAUGGCUAUGUGCUCCGGGACAGAUGGUGUCUCUUCGCAAAGCUGGUAAAGGUGGGACAGGAGAAAUGUCUUCUCAGUGUCUGCUUUGUUUCCUUCCUAAUUUCUGAAUUUGGGCAGAUAUUGACAUCUGACCUGUGAUAACGGCAUUUCUGGACCUGCUGACGACCUCUGCUACUCAGCCUUACCUAGCACAAUGUCAGGCCAUCAUACUCCCCCUGCUGGGGGCCCCUUUUCAGCGCUCACUCCCAGCAUUUGGCCUCAGGACAUCCUGGCAAAAUACACGCAGAAAGAAGAAUCUGUCGAGCAGCCAGAGUUCCACUAUGAUGAAUUCGGUUUCCGAGUUGAUAAGGAAGAUGGUGCUGAGCCAAACUCCAGCAAGCUUCUGGGGAUCCCACUGACAGAGGAGCCACAACAGAGGCUCAAGUGGCAGGCUCAUCUGGAAUUCACACAUAACCAUGACGUGGGUGACCUCACCUGGGACAAAAUUGAGGUCACCCUACCUCAUUCAGACAAGCUGCGCUCCCUGGUGCUAGCCGGCAUCCCACAUAGCAUGAGGCCACAGCUGUGGAUGCGCCUGUCUGGAGCCUUGCACAAGAAGAGGAAUUCAGAGAUGUCAUAUCGGGAUAUUGUGAAAAACAGCUCUAACAAUGAAACCAUUGCUGCCAAACAGAUUGAAAAGGACCUGCUACGCACAAUGCCCAGCAACGCCUGUUUCUCCAACAUGAACAGUAUUGGUGUGCCACGGCUACGCAGGAUACUACGUGGACUUGCCUGGCUCUACCCAGAGAUUGGGUAUUGCCAGGGCACUGGCAUGGUGGCUGCCUCUCUGCUGCUCUUCUUGGAGGAGGAAGAUGCCUUCUGGAUGAUGUGUGCUAUCAUCGAGGAACUGGUUCCUGCCUCCUACUUCAGCACCACCCUGAUGGGUGUACAGACAGACCAGCGUGUGCUGCGACAGCUCAUUGUGCAAUACUUGCCUCGCCUGGACAAGCUGCUCCAGGAGCACGAUAUUGAGCUCUCCUUGAUCACCUUGCACUGGUUCCUCACCUCUUUCGCUAGUGUCGUUCACAUCAAGCUGCUGCUGCGUAUCUGGGACCUGUUCUUCUAUGAGGGCUCUCUGGUGCUGUUCCAACUCACUUUGGGCAUGCUCAGUAUGAAGGAGGAUGAGCUAAUCCAGUCUGAGAACUCUGCCUCAAUCUUUAACACGCUCUCGGACAUCCCCAGUCAGAUUGAAGAUGCAGAUGUGCUGCUGCAGGAGGCCAUGCGCGUGGCUGGCUCCCUGACAGAUGUGGCAGUGGAGACUCAGCGUCGCAAACACUUGGCCUACCUCAUUGCUGACCAAGGGCAGCUGCUCAACUCCAGCACCACUGUCAACAAUUUAUCCAAAAUUGUGCGCCGCAGAACUCAGCGCAGGAAAUCUGGCAUCACCUCCCUGCUUUUUGGGGAUGAUGAUCUGGAGGCACUGAAAGCCAAGAACAUCAAGCAGACGGAGCUGGUGGCUGACCUGCGUGAGGCCAUUCUCCAGGUGGCACGGCAUUUCCAGUGCGUGGAUCCCAAGAACUGCAGCAUUGAUCUGACUCCAGACUACAGCAUGGAGAGCCACCAGCGGGACCACGAGAACUACGUGGCCUGUUCCCGCAACCGCCGCCGGCGAGCCAAGGCACUGCUGGACUUUGAGCGACACGACGACGAUGAGCUGGGCUUCCGCAAGAACGACAUCAUCACGAUCAUUUCCCAGAAGGAUGAGCACUGUUGGGUGGGAGAGCUGAAUGGACUGAGAGGUUGGUUUCCUGCAAAAUUUGUGGAGAUCUUGGAUGAGCGGAGUAAAGAGUACUCCAUCGCUGGAGAUGACUCAGUCACAGAAGGGGUGACGGACUUGGUGCGAGGAACACUCUGUCCAGCCUUGAAGUCCAUACUUGAACAUGGAUUGAAGAAGCCAUCCCUGCUGGGGGGGCCCUGCCACCCUUGGCUGUUCGUUGAAGAGGCUGCAAGCCGAGAAGUGGAACGUGACUUUGACUCUGUGUAUUCUCGCCUUGUGCUCUGCAAGACUUACAGGCUUGAUGAAGAUGGCAAAGUCCUCACCCCAGAGGAGCUGCUUUACCGGGCGGUUCAGGCUGUGAACAUGACACACGAUGCUGCACAUGCAGAGAUGGAUGUGAAGCUUCGUUCCCUCAUCUGUGUUGGACUCAAUGAGCAGGUGCUGCAUUUGUGGCUGGAGGUGCUGUGCUCAAGCCUGCAGACCGUGGAGAAGUGGUUCCAUCCCUGGUCAUUCCUGCGCAGUCCCGGCUGGGUGCAGAUCAAAUGUGAGCUGAGAGUCCUUUGCAAAUUCGCCUUCAGCCUCUCUCAGGACUGGGAGCUGCCGGUAAAGAGGGAGGAGAAGGAGAAGAAGCCACUGAAGGAAGGGGUGCAGGACAUGCUCGUGAAGCACCAUCUCUUCAGCUGGGACAUAGAUGGGUGACGCCCGCCCUGCCCCAUCCUGGGGAACCUUCUCAAUGGCGCACACUCCUCUCCCCCAUCCCCAUCAUCUCACCCCCUGCCCUCCCCAACCCCCCCACUUGUAUCCGUGACAGAAUCCUCCUCGGAGGGCUGCCAGGCCGCCGGGACAGAUGGCAGCAGCACCGAGAGGCUGAGCUGCAGACCUGAGGGAGGUGAUGGUCAAGGGCAACGCUGCAAAGGGACAAGUGUGUUCUCGCCACAAAAACAAGUGUCCCCUCUCUCCCUCCCUCCAAGCCUUCCCCAUCUCUGACACCCCCCAUCCCAUGUUUGCCUCAGCCCUGCCUCCCCCCAGUGCCCGGGGAGCGGCCUGGCCCAGGGCCCUUGUGCACUGCCCCACGGGCUUAUAGCCAUGGGGAAGAGACACAGCCCUUGUGGGGUGGCUUUGGUCCAUGAGAGCUGGUGCCGUAGGCAGGUGGCACUGUGGUUGCAGGUGCAUUUGGGCUGGUGAAAGACUCAUGGCUGUGUGGGAGCAGGGAUGGCAAAUCCUCCCCCUGCCAGCCAAGGGCUUGCCUUUGCUAGGGAGAGGGAUGGCAAAUCCUGAAGCACUUGGACAAGUUCCUCUGAUCUGCAGCCAGGGUUGAGAAGGGACAACUGGCAUCACCCUCAUCCCACCUCCCUGGCACUGGUGUGUGGGGUGUUGACAAGAGGUGCCUGAUGGCACUGGCCUGUUACCAGUGUGACAGCCUUAGGGGAUGGGCUGUGUCUCCUCUGGGAGCAGACAAAAAAACCACCUCUCCCCUAAACAAGUGUUUCUUGCUGUCAUUUUAGUCUCUAGGUGAUUUUUACUGUUAACCAAAAAGCUGUAAAUGAACUCCAGGAAUGUGUGUAUAUUUGGCACCAUUGUAGCUCAGGAUGAGGUUCAGGUUGGAGCUGGCUCAGGGAGAUGUAACUCGUCCUCCUCGCCCUGCGGUGGCAGCGGGGACGCAGGUCGGGAGUGGAGAAUUGCUGCUUUGUGGUGGUGGCUCUGGAUAUGGAGUCUGUGACUUUCUACUGAAAGCGCUUGUCUGUGAGCACAAACUACUCAUGGAAUGACACUAGAUUCUUACUUUAUUUGGUGGGUUUGUAAAUAAACUGCAUCUUGGGAGAGUG